AACUGGCAGUAUGCCCCCACCCUAGGGUACUUUCGCAGCCCCUACGAUACUCGAUCCACGUAUAGCCCCGACCGGUUAAGUAUACCUGAGACUAGAGACGCGGCUAUCAAAGAAUACGGUAAGUGGCUUGCCUCGAGUGUCGAGGAUGAUGCCCUAAAAGCAGCGUUUCGGCAAGCCUGUGACGUAACGCUAUCAGAUGGCUUUGACCUUAAGCACAUCUAUAAGGACCAAAACCUAGAAUUCUUUGUUGGCAAGGGGAUCAAACCCGGAAUUGCCCGAAGUUUUGUGGAGAAUAUUCGUGACUAG